UUGGAGAAUUCGUCGCCCAGUUCUCUGCAUUGCGCUUGCAGCUCCGGGAUUUCCGGGCGUUCCACGCGCUGGUAUGCGAGCACUGGCGCAAACCGCUGCUGCGAGACUUCGAGAUUCGGCUUCGCUGUUUCGAGAACUGCUUCAAGGACGCUUACAGCUGGGUGGACCAGCGGAUGGGCCUGGAACUAAAUCGGGACGCCGACAGGCUGCAACCGAAGACCGCAUUGGCAGGGGAUGCUGCUGGUGGUCCGAAAGGAUCUGAUGCAUCAUCAGACGCCUGUGGUGAAGAAAUAUCACUGCCAGCGACUGACGAUGAAAGUUGCACUGCGGAAUUGCACCCCUACCAUCUGGCCGAAGUCGUCGCGCACGAGGGUAAUGAGUCGCGGCCUACUAAUGGCUCGUCGCUGGGCGAUGCAACGGCGAUCACGGACUACCUCGCAAAGGACUUAGAACCGCGCACGUGGUUCUAUGAUUUGGAGGCCAUUUCGGAGAGCUUGCAGGCGAUGAAGCAGUAUCUCCCGCCGGGCGACGUCGUUGAUCGCGGCCUAGCACCGGUGGAGCAGAAGAAGACGCAACUUGUCACGCCUGACACGGUCGAUCAGACGGUCGAUCAGGAUGAGGAUGAAAUGGAACUACAUGGCGAUGUAGAACUUCACGAUUCAUCUCGCGACAGCAUCAGCGCGGACGGGGAGAACUCCUCCCGGUACUCCAUCGAUUCGGCAGGGGGCCACGAAGAUCAUCAUUCCGGCAGCUCCAACCUCGUCGGCGGGGAAAAGGUGUUUGGAGAGCAGUACGCUCCUGGGCACCACCGUUCCCAGGAAGAGCGGACACUGUCGGCAAACGGAGAGACAAAGUCGACGUGUUGCAAGAACAAGAGUGACCUUCAAAAAGACGAAAACAAACAGAAAGACGCUCGUGAUUCAGAGGCGAGCUGCCGAGCUGGUCGGGGCGACGAAGGUCAGGGCGCCUUCAUACUCUUUGAGGCGCCCUUUCUUUGCGGGGGUCCUGGUUUUGUUGAUGAUGGGCUGCCGAGAGAAGGGGAUCACGACCCAAGAAAUCGGCCACGGCAAAGAUACGGCAUCAGUGCAAUUACCAAGACGCGUUUUCGUCGCAAAUCCGCCCCGGGUGGGAAAGUUUUCUUUGGCAAGCCGAAUGGGUGCGAUUUCCUUCCACAGGAACUGCACCCUCCAUUCGGGCGAUACUGGGACGUUUCUAGUUAUGGGAGUGUCAGGAUCGAAAUCGUCAGAGUUGAAAUGAUUUGUGAUGCAUAAAACGGAUACCAGUUGGUGCCUAGUUUUCAAGUGGCGCAUGACAAAUUUGGGUAGAGCUGACGAAAUCCAGUUUGUAGUGCUGUUUGGGUAAGGAGAACGCCUUUUGUCAUGCUACUUUAGCAGCUCAAUUUCUAGCCCCUAGCAGGCUUAAAGUCUGCAUCUCUUGCCUCUUCUGCAAUAGAGGCAACCUUUGCGUUGCAUUUUAUGCAUCGCAAACUAUUUCAACUUUGACGAUUUCGAUCCUGGCGCUUUCAUACUAGUUAUGAGCCGGGCGCUUCCAGUUCUUGCGAGGGUGCCAGCAAUAAGUACUGUGAGGGGCAUGACGAGAAGCCGACGACGUGUACCCCGGCGUCGGCGAAGAACAAAAGGUCUGUCGAGGAUGUUGACAGAAAUUUGUCCGGGAGCGAAACUUCUGGAAUUUUCGCGUCAAGCGCCGGCUUAACAAGCACUGCGGCCCUUGCGGAGAGCGCCGCUGACAACCUUGACGUGCCCGAGGCAUAUAGAGCGCCGUAUCAGUUCUGGUCGAUACUUUGUUUGUUUGUGUUUCGCUGGGCAGUAAGCAAAGAAAGACGAUGAACGUGAGUUCAAUGAUGUGCUGCUGUGAGUCCUUGAAAAAAAACGGGAAAACGUCAUACAGGUUGGAAGAUACAACAGCGCUUCAUCCUUGCCAGUUUCGGCAGCGCCAGCGACCCCGAUGUGAGGAGGGUGAAUUCAGCGGCACGGUGGAAGACGAUGGGCUACAGAAGGGCAUCGGCAGCAGCGACGCAUGCCAUUUUCACAGGAGGGACGAAGCAGAGACGGCGUCGCCAGAACGGUAUCUGUCUACUUUUCCUCUUUCGAGGGCAUUCUCAGUGUCUCUGGUUCACACCGUCGAGGACCUGGUGUAUCGAGACCAAUGUGAUUGAAAGCGGAUAUGCCCGGGCAAUCUUUUUGACUACUUCAGAGCGAUAUUUGUUGAGUAUGAGUAUGUAUGAAGUGGAUAUCUACCAGAGCCAACUUUUGCUUUCCCUGACGCGCGCACAUUGAUACCAGGUCUCCUGGCACAGGCACCGCCACUCAGCAUUCGUCUGACGACCGAGGAAGUCGCCCCUUGUCUUUCAGCCACCUGCCUGACUAUGCCGUGGGAGCAACUGAGGCAGAGGGAGAAUCUUUGCGCCCAAAACCGCGUCCAACUCGUGGCGGUUUGUACGAAACUCUUUUCUUGGAGGAGCACGCAACACCCAGAGAGUCCGCGAAUUCAGUGCCUGAACAAGCAGCGCUUGACGCGGAGGCUUUGGCAUCAAGUCAGUACGUUCCGAAGUACUUCCGCGAGCGCAACGGGCAGCAACUACUUGGUCCGCGAAAGCCCAGUUUUGCGCACAACCAAGGAAAAAAAGUCGAGCUUGCGUCGGAGGAUUUCUUUUCCCCAGACGUCGGCUUAACGGGAUUGCCCUACUCUUCCCAGCGGCGGUGGGCGUUUCUCCGACCGCCAGUACGGGACUGGAUCAGGGCUAAUCAAUCCGUAUUGGACUCCCUGUUCGACCGCGACGCGGUGUGUCGGAAGGACUCCGAUCAGUCCUCUUGGAGUUGGAGCUGCUGCUCGGACGGGGUUGAUGAGGCAAAAGUCUGCUGGGACAGGCUUGAUGAGGAAAAAGCUGACCAGCAUGAAGAUCUUGGCGAUCAUCGUCUGGCCGUCGCAGCACCGGACGAGAAGGUGCCGCGCGCGUCCUCCUGCGCCCGGGAUAAUGAGAACGAAAGCCCGGACUGGGCGAUGCUGAAGACCUUUCCCCAGUACCUGGCCUGGGCGUUGGAGAUGCGGAGACACUUUCUGAUGCCGGUUCUGCGGAAUGAAGAAGACCACAAGGGGUUCGAGACGUGGCUGUUGGAAAGGAAGCGCAGUGGUCUAAUUGGUCGCGCACCGGACGAGGAAAACGAAAAUACAAAGCCCCUGCAGCGUUUUCGCCCAGGAGAAACCUUCUUGUCGCUUGCCACCAUGGACAUGACGGCGGAGGAAAGGCACUGGCACACAUUACGGCAUCAGCUUUGCCUGGAGCAGUACUUUAUGGACCGGGUUUUUCACAAACUCUUCUUCGACCAGGACAGUUUUGAACUUGAAGAAAAAGAUCAACCUCUGCAUUCAGAACCGCACCUGCGGGGAACCGAGAGAAUCACGGCCGAUUUUCUGGCCAGAACGCUGACCGGUCUGUCGCGCUUUCACAAGCUUUUCCCCGGCGAGAUGUUGCAGGCGUGCCCGUGGCUGUUCACGCGGCUGCGAGCGUUCGUGUGGCAGAACAUGUUUGCUAGUGAAGAAGUUGUGGAGGUAGACGUCGGAGAGAAGCAACAAGAGAAUUUUCUGGUCCCGGUUACUUUGUUCGAAAGUCGGGCCUUGGAAGGACAGGACCUAAAGAUGAGAGCCAGGGACGAGUUGGAUAAGUGGAAUGGAGCCUAUCCGCUUGCUCAUGCCGACUUUGUAAUAUUGGCGGAACUGUUUGGGGCACAGCGCGAGGUCGCGUUGGUGGAGUCCGUGGAGAACCAGGUGGAGGGGAUCAAGAGACUAGUGGUCGAUGUAUCAAAAGGAAAAAUCCCCCCUCCCCACAGCGAGAAUGAAACUUCUGAUGCUGGGAGAAGCUUGUUCUGUGGCUUCCUUUUUGAUAUGGGGAGGGGGGAUUUUUCCUUACGAUAUGAUGGCGAACGGAGCUACGCGACAAGUAGCGGACGAGAGGGCGAUGUUGAGACCAACCUCCGCGAAGCCCUAAGUGCUACAACGUAGUCGGAUUUUCAUACUCUCUAGCAUGUUGUAGCCACUAGUACUUGAUGUCGGCGCGCUGGCCAUGCUCAGUGGGUCUGCGCAGAAAGUCAUUUUUUUCUUUACUUUGCACUUGCGAAGAUCUGCUUACAUGCGACACGUCAUCCUCAAACAAAGCCAGCGACAUAGUGAUGUUGGUCAUCUUGUUCUUCAAAUUUUGUUCUUUCAAUUGAU